UAUAAGCAACAUUAACGGGAAUAUGGGGGAGAAGGAGAGAGAAGCGGGGAUGGCGAAGUGAAAAAGCUGGAGUUCCCCGACGUCUUCCAACUUUCCUCUUGCAACAUCACCACCACCACUACCAACGACGACGACCACCAACAACGACGGGCGACGGCCAUCACACUCCCAGGUAUGGCUGCACCCCUGAUUCAAUUCCUAUUGCUGACCAUCAUCAUUUGCAUCGCAGAUUCAAUUGCCUCGGCGAUAGCGACGACGACAGCGACAACGACGGCCUCGAUUCAAGGUAGUAGUAGUGGUGAACUUGGUGGUGGUGGACUUGAUGGUGGUGGACUUGAUGGUGGUGGACUUGGGUGGUUUUGGAUGGACUUGGGCGGGCGACGGGCAAAGCUAGGGGAAGGAGCGGGCCUGGCCAAUCGGAGGCCGGAUUUCAAUAUUAUCGGGAGCCAAUCUAGCCAAUCAGGUGUAGGCAUUGGUUCUUGGCGCUUAAGCUCUCGUCAACGCUUUUGCUUAAGCCUCAGCAUCGUGAACUUCAGAGCCAACGCUUAAAAUAUAUUAAGCGUUCUAGGCGAGGUAGAUUACCGGUAAUGAAGCUUGUAUAUAAUCCCAAUUUCCACCACUGUAGCAGCACUAGCCACUGUGAAGAUCCGGAACAGGUUUUUGGUCACCAGCUCUUCCGAUGUUGUUUUUUUCACUAAAAUCAGAAGAAGGGCAAAGGGGAGAAAUCAA